AUGACAAAUACUAGUAAAACUCCAAAACACAAAAAGGACCAAUCUACUACUAAAAUACGUGCACGUACCUCUCGUGUAAAGGAGAGAAAAAAUUUAAAUGCAUCGUGUGAAAAACAAUCAUUUAGAAAUUGCAUUAGGUGUAAGGAAAGCUCUAAUAGUGUUAAGUUUUUAUCAGAGCGUAUAGAUCGAAUAGAGCAGCUGGUCAGUACUUUAAAAAAGACCACACAAAAUUUUUCAAAGCGAGAUAAUUCUACAAGAACCACUUGGAAGAUUAGAAACCUUGACACUUCUAAAUGUAGUCUUGAAGAAUUACAAAAAUUAGUGAUACAGACUACAAAUUUGUUACUUCCGCAAAAAAAUGCAUCUGAUUUAAUCGACCCUACAACCAAAACCACUCCAAUUACCGUAUUAUCUACAGAUAAUCUGAUUCACGCAGAACCCCUGCAAGACAAUUCUCAAGGUGCAUGUGAAAUGGUUACAAAAACAUCAUCUAAUUCUACACGUAAAGAUUCGGGAUUUUGCGAAUCUAAAUAA